GAGGGGUGAAGGAUGGCCGUCCCACCCUCCCCCCACUAGCGUCAGUUAUCGCCAUUCCGUCGGCAGACAGAAUCUACAACUCUACUCAUUCACCACGCGCUCCUCUUGCCCGACUUAUCAGCGCAGACGAGAAAUCACAUCAGGGAAAAUGACGGACACCGAACCCCUCUACGUCUACAAGCUCAUCCCGUCUACAGCUCCGGUCCGGGAACCUCUCCCCGAACGGCUGCCAGUUAGCGAGCUCGAUGAGCAAUCGGGAUUCGUUCACCUUUCCACUGCUUUCCAAGUACCCAAUACCCUCAAGUUCUUCUUCAAGGAUGAGCCGCUUGUCUACGUGCUCCGGAUUCCGUUCGAACGGGUAUCCGGCCAGGUCCGAUGGGAAAACCCCGAGGGGACUGUAUGCGGACCGCGACCGAAAGAGGGCUUGUUUCCACAUCUGUACAAUGACCUCAAGCUGGGUAAAGACGAGGUAGAGACCGUUGCGAUAUGGAAGAAUGAGGAAGGCUGGGAUAAAGCGCUCAUACAGGCGAAGCCGUGGCUUCUGUAUUGAUCGCUUUACGCAUUACACUGAGAUUCAAAGCUAUGAUACAUGUACACAUUUUCUCAUAACAAGCCCCAGAGAUAUGUUCUGGAGCGAGUCAGUAACGAUGGAAUGCAAAGUCGUCAUGGCGGCAAGCCGACGAUCACCUCCGCACCAUGAAAC